AUGUUUUAUAAUCGAAUUCCAAAACCUCUUCCGAUUUUGCUUGGAUUGCCGGAUGAUCCUAAACCAAAAUUUAUUUGGAUGAAAUUAGGAGAAGAAUAGUAAACUAUGAUUUAGGGGAGACUCUCAAAGAGAACAUUUACAAGUAAUCCUUAACAACAUUUUAAAUCAUCGAAGGGAAAUAUUAGUUAUAGGACUAGUGUUGUCAAUAGUGAUUAAUUGUAAGGAGCACAAUCAAUUAAUAAUUCAACAAAUCUCAUAUAUUACGAGGAUUUUAACAUAGAUGUGAAGGAAAGCAUUUGUAAAUAAAACUAUUUACCAAUAAAAAAUGUUUCAGAAUUGCAGGAAAGUCUUAAAAAUCUAAAAUAUAGGUACGACGCAAAUCAUCCGAGAGAUUAUGAAAUUUUCGGAGGUUUUGAAGGGUGUAACGUAUAAGAAAUCUAUUAUUGUAAACAUGACACUGUUAAGAUAGUAUUGAAAUCAGACACAAAUUCUCACGGAUUUUGUAAGUGGUUCUCUUUGGGAUUGAAGAUAUAUGCAUUCAAAGAGAUGAACAUAAGGGUGAAUAUCAUAAAUUUGAGAGCAUAGGAGAAGAAUCGAGAUGUAUAUGUAUAGAGACUAUCUGAUAAUCACGAAUUCUUUGUGCCUUCUCAUUAUUCGUUGACAAAUAUCAAGCGUAAGGAGGGUCAUUUUGCGUAAUGUUCUUUUGAGAUCAAAUCCUCUUAUGAAAGUUAUAUCAUUAGCUUUUAGAAACCCUUUACAUUCAAUUAAUUAAGGGAGAAUGGUCAAUAUGGGCAAUUGGGAUUGUCUAAGUUAUAAUACCCUAUUUAUUAUUGGGUUCAGAAAUAAAAUGGGCCAUUAACCUUGAUAGUUGCUCGCAUUAGACCCGUAGAUGCAAAUACAUCAUAUUUAGCUGAAGAAUUGAUAAAAUAGUUGAAGUAAACAAAAUUAAAUGUGAUUGUUGUACCGAUGCUCAAUCCAGACGGUGUGGUCUUAGGUAAUUCUAGAUGUAAUUUGAGUGGAAAGGAUUUAAGUUCUAAUUAUCAAUUUACCAAUCCGACUCAGUGUCCAGAAAUCAAAAGUCUAUUGGGAAUAGAGAAUGUACAAAUUGCAAUUGAGUUGAGAAUGCAUGAGAAGCCUCAUAUUGUUAGUUCAAUCAAAUUUAAUUGUGGGUUGCCACAAAGGAAAAGGAAUUUAGAAAUUCAUGACAUCAGUUCAAAGUAUUAGAAAUAUGUCAAAAUAUUCAUCAGUUAAAAUUAAGUGAAUUAUGAGGAAUAGGCACAACUUAUAAUUAAGGCUUUGUAAUCUAUUCACUAAUAGAAUGCUGAGAACAUUAGUUACAAAAGCGAAACAGAUCAUGAGGAUGACAUUUUGGAUACCUUCUUUUACAAUCCUUAGAUAAAGGAAGCAACUGCUCGAUAGUCAUAACCUCUAUAUUAACAAAGUCUCAAUCCAUAAACCUAAUUGUAGGAACUAUUGCAAAACAUAAAUCCUUCAAUCAAGGAAUAGGAAUCAGUAAAUCAACUAAGGAAUUUAGAAUGGAAAGAGUUAACUCAUCGUUCAGAAUUGUCAAAUGGCAAGAUUAAGACACAAAUCACACCAAGCAAAGAAAUUCAUAAUAGUUUCUUUGAUAAAUAAUUGAUUAAAAGAAAAUCAAAUUAUCAUCAGCAUUCAGAAUCCCACUCUCAAAGCCAAUAAGAUAAGAUUGUGUUAAAGAGUCCCUUUUUACCUAGUCGAGAGCAGAUUUUUGAAAAAUAUACAAACUUGUCAAGAAGUCCUAACAACAAAAGAAAGACAUUGUCAUAAGCUAAAUUAUAAACACUUACAUAAUAUUAAGUGUUUAAAUAUAACAGGCAAAAAUGA